AUGUCCAUGCCCUCCCGAGACCAUCCCUACGGUUCCUGCAGCCCCCUGAGUCCGCUUCUGCCUGGCACCGUGGAGCAGCCGCCACCCACCAAGGGCCUAUACUACCGCAGGGUCCGGAAGGUGGGCACCCCGGGCACGUCCCCUGCAGCUGACCUCAAGAAGGAGAUCCUGGUCAACGUUGGCGGCCGGCGGUACCUGCUUCCUUGGAGCACGCUGGACGAGUUUCCCCUGAGCCGUCUGAGCCAGCUCAAGUCCUGCCGCAACUCCGAGGAGAUCACGCAGCUCUGUGACGAUUACGAUGAGGCCAGCCAGGAGUUCUUCUUCGACAGGAGCCCCAGCGCUUUCGGGGUAAUCGUGAGCUUCCUGGCGGCCGGCAAACUCGUCCUGCUGCGGGAGAUGUGCGCCCUGUCCUUCCAGGAGGAGCUCACCUACUGGGGCAUCCAGGAGGCCAGGCUGGAGCGCUGCUGCCUGCGGAAGCUACUACAGAAACUAGAGGAACUGUCAGAGCUGCGCCGGGCGGACGAGCUGCAGGAGCAACCGGAGGCCGCCGGGCCUGCCCAGGACCCCUCGCGCUGGGGGCUCCUCAUGGACCGACUGCGGGAGAUGGUGGACAACCCGCAGUCUGGGCUCCCGGGCAAGGUCUUCGCCUGCCUCUCCAUCCUCUUUGUGGCCACCACGGCAGUCAGCCUGUGCAUCAGCACCAUGCCCGACCUGAGGGCCGAGGAGGAUAAGGGUGAAUGCUCUCAAAAGUGUUACUACAUCUUCAUCGUGGAGACCAUCUGCGUGGCCUGGUUCUCCCUGGAGUUAUGCCUGAGGUUUGUCCAAGCCCGUAACAAGUGCCAGUUCUUCCAAGGGCCCCUGAACAUCAUUGACAUCCUGGCCAUUUCCCCAUACUACGUGUCGCUCGUGGUGUCUGAGGAGCCCCAGGACAACAGUGAGAAGACCAGCGGCAGCUCCUACCUGGAGAAGGUGGGGCUGGUACUACGCGUGCUGAGGGCGCUGCGCAUCCUAUACGUGAUGCGCCUGGCACGACAUUCACUGGGGCUGCAGACGCUGGGGCUCACCGUGCGCCGCUGUACCCGCGAGUUCGGCCUGCUCCUCCUCUUCCUGUGCGUGGCCGUCACGCUCUUCUCCCCUCUGGUCUACGUAGCUGAGAACGAGUCCGGGCGCGUGCUGGAGUUCACCAGUAUCCCGGCCUCCUAUUGGUGGGCCAUCAUCUCCAUGACGACGGUAGGCUAUGGAGAUAUGGUCCCCUGCAGUGUACCCGGCCAGAUGGUGGCCCUCAGCAGCAUCCUCAGCGGGAUCCUCAUCAUGGCUUUCCCAGCCACAUCGAUCUUCCACACCUUCUCCCACUCCUACUUGGAGCUCAAAAAGGAACAAGAGCAGAUACAAGCCCGCCUGCGACGCCUCCAGAACACCAACAGCACCAGUAAACACAACCUUCUGAAUGACGUGGACGACCUGGUCCAGGAAAAGACCACCUCGCCCAUCAAGUACCUUUAA